GUCGUGUCGUAGUCACAGUCGUAGUCGUAGCCGUAGUCGUCUGGCUUAUUGUACGUGUUCCUACUGCAUUAAGUUAAGUUGUGUUCUUUUCAGGUGGCACUGGCACUGCCACGAAAGGUACUGGAUAAUAUAUUAUGUAUACCGAGGAGCAGUUUAUAUUUGGACGCGUGUACUGAAAAGUGUAUUUACUGUAACGUCGUCUUGCAUUAAAUUUGUCUAAAUGUCUUAUCUAUAACUUUCUAUAUAUAAAUCUAUUUCGGAAUAGUAAUUUUUUUUUUGUUUUGAUUUUGUAGUUUUCUUUUAUUUUUUUUUAAAACAAAAAUAAACGUAUAAAGUAUUUUAACAAAAUUAAUAAGAAAAAAACAAAAAUAUCAAACAUGCGCUUCGAAACCAAACAGAAAAUAUACAUAUUUUAAAAUCCUUUACAACAUGACUCGAUAUCUGCCUUCUGGAUAGGUUAAAAACGGUGUUUUUCAAAAACAAAAACAAAAAAAAAAAAAAAAAAAAAAAAACAAAUUGAACUAUGUCGUUUUCAAAUAAACUAAUAGUGUUGUUUAGCUUGCUCUUCGGUUUUGUUCAUUCUCUUAAAAUAAUUAAGUUUUUUUAAUUGUGUUAAACUAUGCACAUUUUGUAUUUGUUGUUGUGUGGUGUGUUUGUUAUUAGUUAAUAUAAUUUUCCAUAUGCAUAUCAAGGAAUUUAAAAUACAUAAAAUAUAAAAAAUAUUCUGUGUAACGUCGUCGUCGUAUAACUAAACUAUAUCAGCUGGAGCACUAUUGUCACCAUUACCGCCACCGUUCACCCUACCGCCACCGCCACCGCCUUCAUCAUCAUAACUCUCGUAAAAUUAAAAGAAAACACAAUUUUUUCAAAGUGAAACAUUUUCUACUUAAAUUAUUAAUGUUACAAAAAGUAAUUAGCCAAUGUAAGUUCAAAUGUAUAAAUACUAAUUAUAAUUAUUAAAUCUAUCUAUAAAUAUGUAAAACCAAGAGAAAAUGUAUGUAUAUGUGAGUAUAUAAUGUGUUUUAGUGCAAUUAAACAUAUAUGUAUGUGUAAAAUAUUGAAAGUGCAAGUGCAUCUUUAAAUAAUUAAAAAUAAAAGUUAAAAACUCAAAAUAAAAACACAAAAAAAGAAGAAAAAAACAAAAACUACAAAAUCAUGGUAGUACUUGGAUAACAAAGCAAACAACUCCUUGGAUAAGGACCUUAGUCAAUUUAAGACAACUUCAUACCUAUACAUACAUUCAAAAACUACAAAAAGAUGUCUGCACAAAAUAUUUUGGAAACAAAUAAUUCGGGUUACGUUAGCUCGGAAGAAACUGAUUCCCUAUUGGUUUCAAAUACGCCAAAAUGCAAACCAUCAGUGUUGCGUCAAAUUAAAAUGGGAUCAGCGAAUGGACCAACAAACAUGUCAACGAGCAGUAAGCCAACACUAAUACGUCAAGACCGCACAUCCACAUAUCUUACCAGUCCGCAGCUCUCUGCUCAAAUUCAAAUUGGCUCCGAAGAGAGUAUACGCGGGCCUGACGAAGACGUCGAACAAGGAAUACGACCGCCGACAGUUCCUGACAUCGAGGUCCAUCCGCACGAAGAAUCACAAUCACAAUCACAAUUACAAACUCAAACACCACAACCACAACCGACCAUAUCAGUUACAAAUCUUAACAACAGCAGCUAUCAUGACCAAUUGCAACCGCAUCAGACUUCUUCAUAUCAGAACAUUUCAACGACAACGACGACGCAAAACCGGUGUCGAGCGUGUCGCAACUGCAGUCGCCGUGCUUCCGCCACACCAAUUACAACCUCCAACAUGGACCGUUCCGCUUCGAGGGACAGCGUCAAAAGUGCCUUUCAACAGGGAAACCUCAGCAGUUCUGCAGUAAUAUGUGCUUCAACCAUGACCGUUCAACAGCAGCAGCAAUAUCACCAGCAAGUUCCACCAGUCCUGGUCACAUGCACUCCCGCCAAUGGUUCGCGAAUAAUUCGCCAAAGUUCACAACCCGAAGCCAGUAAUAUUGUGUGCUGCAGUGGUCACAGUACGUGUGGACAUUCACAAACUGCUCCCAAUGUAUCGCUCAAGCAGCUUCGAGAAAGUACGGCAGAUGGCAUUGCAGGCAUUGCUGCUGACUCAUUACGCAUCAACGGUGGCAUGAGGCCCUUUAAGCAGGGUGUCCUUUUAAUGCCUCCUCCUUUGUCUGAGUGUAGGAAGAUCCGACUUCGAAGGGCUUUCACUGAGGCAACAAAUGACACUAUGGCGUACUCGAAAAUGCUCCGCAAGCCAGCAUCUACACUUUCAAUUCCUGGCUCGAUGAAAACACCUUCCAUUGCGAAUCGGGAACAGAUCUCAUCUGGAUGCAACGAAGAAGCAGCCGAAGCGCUAGUGGGAAUCCACUCCGACUAUCCAAGGUACAUGGAGGAGCGGGCACUGACUGGCGGUAAUACUUCCCGAAAACCAUCAACAAACUCUGCGAAGCACAAACCCAAUGUAGGAUACCGAUUAGGCAGGCGAAAAGCUUUAUUCGAAAAACGAAAACGUAUAAGUGAUUACGCCCUAGUUAUGGGGAUGUUUGGCAUUGUUGUAAUGGUAAUUGAAAAUGAAUUAAGUAGUGCUGACAUUUAUACUAAGGCUUCGUUUUAUUCAACGGCGUUAAAAACAUUAAUAUCUGUUUCGACUGUGAUUCUUUUAGGACUUAUUAUAGCUUAUCACGCUUUGGAAGUGCAGGUGAGACUGUUUAUGAUUGAUAAUUGUGCGGAUGAUUGGAGGAUCGCAAUGACAUGGCAACGAAUUAGUCAAAUAGGUUUAGAACUUUUUAUAUGUGCUGUUCAUCCGAUUCCUGGUGAAUAUUAUUUUAUGUGGACGACAAAAUUGGCGAAUAAAAAUAAAUCAAUUGACACUAAAGUGGUGCCGUAUGAUGUAGCUUUAUCAUUACCUAUGUUCCUUCGAUUGUAUUUAAUAUGUCGAGUUAUGUUAUUGCAUUCGAAACUAUUUACGGACGCAUCAUCGCGAAGUAUAGGGGCAUUAAAUAGAAUUAAUUUUAACACGAGAUUCGUUCUAAAAACACUAAUGACAAUAUGCCCUGGAACUGUACUACUGGUGUUUAUGGUAUCUUUAUGGAUAAUAGCAUCAUGGACGUUACGCCAAUGUGAAAGGUUCCACGACGAGGAGCACGCGAAUUUGCUAAACUCCAUGUGGCUAACAGCCAUCACCUUUUUAUGUGUGGGAUAUGGCGAUAUAGUUCCCAAUACAUAUUGUGGACGUGGUAUAACUUUAACCUGUGGUAUGGUGGGUGCUGGUUGUACAGCUCUUCUAGUUGCUGUGGUCUCAAGAAAACUGGAACUGACGCGAGCCGAAAAGCAUGUGCAUAAUUUUAUGAUGGAUACACAGUUAACAAAACGGCUGAAAAAUGCUGCAGCGAAUGUUCUUCGUGAAACUUGGCUCAUUUACAAACAUACAAGACUAGUAAAACGGGUUAAUCCCGGUCGUGUAAGAACCCACCAAAGAAAGUUCCUUCUAGCAAUAUACGCAUUGCGAAAAGUUAAAAUGGAUCAACGUAAACUCAUGGAUAAUGCCAAUACGAUAACGGAUAUGGCAAAGACUCAAAAUACCGUUUACGAAAUUAUUUCGGAUAUGUCAAGUCGUCAGGAUGCGAUAGAAGAGCGACUAACAAAUCUCGAAGAUAAGCUGCAAUCAUUGCAGGACCACAUGGAAAGCCUUCCCGAUAUAAUAUCAAGGUGCCUAAGUCAACAUCAGGAACGGAUAGAACAACGACGGAACUUCUUACAUCCUGAUGCUGCUGCUGCAACAACGAUGCAAAUAUCUCCACAGUCGGCAUUUAACGUUCCGCCUCUAUUAUUUCCCCAUUCUAGAAGCGUUCCUUCAUCUAACAACGCUGCUACAUACCAUUGGCCAACAAGUCCCAUCCUACCACCUAUAUCUAGUAGAACUCCACAUUUAGUGCCUGAAACUCAUAUGUCAUCGAACGGAUCCACAGUUAAUAACUACACAUCUUCCAACAAAUUUGGCAGUUGAAUAGAAGAAACUGAGUUCACGUCCAUAAACUUACUACCAACGACUGGAGAUGAAUGCGAUACCGAUUCCGAUUACAACGCCGAACAACAACAACAACAACCACUCGAAAAAGACGAAGAACAACAACAACCGCAACAAUUAUCAUCAUCUGCGAAUACAUCAACAUCCGCAGCAAAUAAGUUCACAAGAAAACGCGAACGUGUGUGCAAUAAUAAUUCUAAUAAUUUUAUUUCUAAAAUGGCGUACUGCAAUGCCUUUUCGAAAUAAACUUAAAAAAUAAAAUAAGCUGAAAGCAUUUAGUUCAUAGACACUUUAGGUAUACAAAAAUUCUAGCAAAUUAAGUAGGAAUUAAAUUGAUACAAAACUAUAAGUUUUUAUAAGUUUUAUUUAAUUAAAUAAUUUGCAAAAUUAAAACAAAAAUUGUAAAAUAAUUAAACUAUAAAUUCAACUUUUAAAGUAAAAACAAACAAAAAUACCCAAACGUUAUUUUUUUGUAUUAUUGUGCUAGCUAAAAUCUAGAACGGCAACACUUAAAAAAUAAUUAAGAAAAUUAGUGAGAAAAAAAGAACACAAAUAGUUCCCAUAGUAAUUAUUGGCCACUUAGAUCCUGCCUACCUAUUUUAUUUACCAAAAUUUAAAAAAAUGCUUUAAAAGAAACGAAACAACACCUACCUAGUUACUGAUAUAGAAAAUGUAAAAAUAGAAAGACUUGUAGGAACUGUCUCUAGUUCAAGACCGUAGGUACUAUGAAUUAUAAGGAGAACUAAACAAAAAUGUAGAGAUCUUAAUCCCACUAUGUUGCCAGAUAAAAAUAAAAAUUCAACUGAGGCAAAUUGCCAUACAUUUUUUUUAGAAAUUGUUUUUAAUUUUACCUAAGCAUAGAAUGUAUUAUACAAGAAUAAAAGAGAUCGAUUUUUAUAAGUGUGAAACUGCGAUAAAUAAAUAAAAAAAAGGAAAUUAAAAAAAAAAGAAUUAUCAAUUGAAUUUUAAACAUUUUCAUCUUUUUUUUUAGAAUAAAAAAAAGACUUAUAACAUAAAGCAUGUAAAAUAAAGUGAAACCUAAGCACAUAAAGAAUAAUUAACAAAAAAGAAAAACAAAAAAUUAUUAAUUAUAAAGAAGCCUAGCUUUUUUAUCUGUUAAUUAUUUAUUAACAAAUAUUAUUCAUUAAAGUUCAAUUUUAUAGCUCUGUUUAUUCAUAAACUAUCAUUAUAAGCAUCCUAUUUAAAUAAAUGUAAAAAUUCAAAACUUAAAAAUAAAAAUUUAAAUUAAACUCACUAGAAUUAUGAACAUUAUAUGACUAUAAAAGUUAGUCAUUUAAAUAAAAAUACAAAUUAAAUACAGACUCUUUAAACAAAACCAAAAAAAAAAACAACGCAAGUAGUAAUAACAAGAAUAAAAAAAAAGAAUAUUAAAGCAGAGCUAUAGAAUAAAUCAUAUAUUAAAGUUAAAUACAUAAAUAUUAUAACCCCAACGAUAUAAUGAAGCAAAAGCUAUUUAAGACCAUUUUUAAAUUUUUGCAAGAAUUUUUAGAUGUUGAAAGUAUUUUUUAUAAAAUUUUAAAUUUUUUGUCACCCAUAAAAUUCCGUAAAGCCUUUAAACAUUUUCUUCUAAGUCAGUUCUUUCGGGUUUGUUAAAAUUAAUCUUUUCCGGUGGUAAGACCCCAAAUUUUAUAUUGAAAAACUCCUUAAAUGUGAGCUUUAUAUUGAAUUUUUAAAGCUGUAGAACUAGUUUAUCAAAAUCUCAGAAUUUCAUAUAUUUUAAGUCAAAGAUUAAACAGAAACAUAAAAGAGUUUCUUUAGAAAAAGUGAGUCCUCCAGAAUUUAUAUGUUAACGAGUAUUUUUUCUGUAAGUCCAUACGGACCUUAUAUUAACAGAGAUGUUUUUAAGCUUAAAAGAACUAAAUUCUAGUAAUAAAUAUAGGUUCUGCCUAAUUUAACAAUAAUUGAUAAAUUUAAAGUCACAAAUACUAUAAUUUUAUUUAUUUUCAUUGAAUCAAACGAAAACCUUUAAAUCAUAGAAAAACUUCAUUAACUUUUAUAAAAAAUGAAUAGUCUUAUGUUAAAAACAUUCAAGUCAUCAUAAGUAUAACGUGUCUUUAAGAUUUUUAAAACUUUAAACUUAUAAAUUCAAUUACAAAUUUCAAUUUUUAAAUAUUUAAUUGCCACGAAAUUUUACUAAAAAGAUUACUAUUUUUUAGCCUCCCAAAAUGCAUUCAAACUCACCUAAUUUAAAUACAUAAAUAAUAAAUUAGAAUGGUCUUAAAUAGCUUUAUGCUAUGUGUGAAGUUAUUAGACGUUUUGACGCCAGUAAAAUGAAAAAAAAGAAAUACUUUUAAAAAUCAACUUUUCUGAUGUUAUAAGUCGAGCUUUGCGGUUUUUCAUUUGCUAAAAUAUAAUCAAGCUUUUAUUUUAAUUUUUUUGAAAUUUUGUGUUUCUUUAAGAAUGUGUAAACAAAUUACUGAAUAAAACAAAAUUAUUAUAAAUUAUAUUAUCAUUAUUAAAAUACCAACAAUAUUAAUAUUAUAAGACUGUCAACAAAAUCGAAAGCUUUAUUGGAUUACAAUUUCAACUGUCCGGAGCUCUAAAACUUGCCGACUAAAUAAUAUUUUAUGAUAUUUUGUUAAUAUAACCAAAACCCUUUCCCUAACCAAAUGUAUAUGUUUGUGAAUUUGUACAUUUACAAUGACUUAUUGUAUUUUUAUUAUCUUAAAAAAAAAACAAGUAAUAAUAAUUCUCUCUCUCUCUCUUUCUUAAUUUUUACAUAAUUUUAGAUACCAACUUAUUAAAACUUUACACACAAAAAUUAAUAAACCAUAGAUUCUAACCGAAAAAAUAAAAAAAUAAUAAACAAAACAACAAAAGACAAACCAAAAAUAUUUAAAUAAAAUUUUUAAUCUUUAACCAUAAAUUAGGUUUCCUUGAACAGUUACAUAAUUAUACAACAACAAAAAAACUUGUAAUUAUUUUUAAUUUUUUAUUAUUGAAAGUUUUUGGAUGGUUUCACCCAACAAAAUAAAAAAAACUGAACCAAUUUCUUUUUAUCAUUUUCAAAAAAUACAAAUAAGCCAAAUAUAGCUUUAUGGUAAAAUACCUACAACAACAUCAAAUCAUGGUUUUAUACAAAUGGAAAACUGCAUCUCGAUUAUUUAAUAAAAAAAAACAAAAACUAGUCAUAAACCUACACAGAUAAAACACACCAACACUCACAUCAAAUUUAUAUUUAACUGAAAAAAUAGCUUUAAAAGUCCAUUGACAAAAAUAAUAAUAAUUAUAGUUGUUCACAUCUUCUACACUACAUUUACUACAAUUGCAUGAAUUACAACAAAAACAAAAAAAAAUCCAAAUAGUUGAAGAAAAAGGAGCUGUAGUUACAAAUAUAAAUAUGUUCAUAGCUCCACAUAUUAUAUACAAUCAGCCCUAUCCCCAAAUUCCUUUUUAAUCUGAAGCUUUUACGAAUCCGGAAAACUAAAUUCUCACCAAAUCCUUUAGCAAUGCAAAAUUGUUUAUUUGGUGAUAUAUCGGAAGUCGUACAAGUUUCCGAUUACGGCGGAAAUCGUAAUAGGGCUGAAUACGUUAUUAUUUAUAUGUCAACCAAAAUAAUUCUAUCACACACUUCACACAAAAACGAACAAACACUAAAAAGUAAAAGACAAAACGGAAGUUAAACAAGAAAUUUAAAAAGAAAAUAUUUAAAAAAAAAAAAUGAAAAAAAAUAUAGUUCGACGAACAAAGACCAAUUUAUAGCAGACUAAGUUUUUGAACAAAAAUAAUAAACAAAUAAAACAAAAAUGAUCGGCAAAGAAUAAACUAAACAAAAAUGUUAUAACACAAAGAAUUGACAACAAACUAAAACCACAAAACAAAAACAAAAACCAAAAAUAAGGUCAUCAAUAAAUAAAUAAAACAACAUCAACAAUAAAACUUAAAAACAAAAACUUAAACAGAAAUUAAUUAAAUAAAAAUAGACAAAAUUAAUAAAAGAAGAAAACGUGUUUGCGAAAAGCUUUAAUAUUUAGGGUGCCUACAUUUGCAAAAAUUAGAAUAUGAAAUACAAUUUAUUACAUAAAUAAAUAAAAAAAACAUAGUGAAAACGAUGUGCUAUAGAAAAUCGUUAGUUAAUUCUUUAAAAACAAAUAGAAAAAGAAACAAAUUUACUGUUAAUUUUCUUGGCCCCCAGAGAAUGAAAUUUAUAGAAAAUAGUUAUUAUUAUUAUUAUUAAUUAUUAUUAUUAUGAUUAUAAAGCUUUGUAAAAAAAACAACAAAACAAAAAACAAUUAUUAUUCUUAUAUAAAAAAAAAAUGAUGAAAACAAAAUAAAUUUUAAAAAAUUGGA